UCUCCAUCCAACCCAGAUGAAUAAUGCAGUUCCCACCUCCCCUCUUCUCCAGCAGAUGGGCCACCCCCACUCCUACCCCAACCUGGGCCAGAUCUCCAACCCAUAUGAACAGCAACCACCUGGCAAAGAGCUGAACAAGUAUGCCUCCUUGAAGGCAGUGGCUGAUAAGGUGAAUGAUGACUUCUACUCCAAGCGACGACAUCUGGCUGAGCUGGCCGCCAAGGGCAAUCUCCCUCUCCAACCUGUGCACCUGGAGAAUGAGCCUCGGAUCUUCAGCCCUGAGCAUGGCCCUGCCAAGCAGAAUGGACAGAAGUCCCGUACCAACAAGAUGCCCCCCCACCCGCUGGCCUACAACUCCUCCACUGCCAACUUUAAGGGCUGGGACCCCAGCGAGCAGUCUCUGCGGUGUCAGGCUUAUGGCAACAAGGGCAAGCUGGGUACAGCUGAGUCAGGCUCCAGUGACCCCUUGGGACCUCGCCCCCAGCACUACCCACCCCCACAGCCAUACUUCAUCACCAACAGCAAAACAGAGGUGACUGUCUGAGCUCUCCCAAUGGAGAGAAUCCUGGAGACCACACUCAACUGAGAGAGGCAAAAAAUUAAAAGAAAAACCCUGCCCACCCCUCCUCAUUCCCUAACUGUGAAUGUCUACCCACACACUUUCCACACAACAAACCUACUGGUGACAUGGAAUAAUCACUUUUUUUCUGGGUUCUGCCUAACCUGUGAUGAUGGCAGGCAACCAAGCAAGAUGGAAGUCUGGAAAUUCAGCAAGAUAGCAAAGGGGAAACUGAGGCAUGCUCUUUCCACCACAGACUCCCUAUGUGGGAUCAAGGUGGCCCACUUAUCUGUCCAUCCUGCAGGACUCACUUGAAAUGGAAAUGAGAGUCACAUGACAAGGUGUAGAAUUAAGAGAAAUUAUUCCAGCAUUGAGCAUAUGCUGUGUGGAGCAGAUAGAGCCGAGCUGGCAGGGAAAUGGAGAGUGAGAGUAGACCCCCAGAAGAGUACACUAGAAAAGAGAAGUCACUGGGGAGUCACAUGUAUGUGCAUUGUGAGCGUUCUGCUCAUUGAAGAGGAGGUAAGUCAGUCAGAUCCCAAAUUUUUACAAGCCUGUGAGACUGUCCCUGGACUUCGAGUGAUUUUCACAUCGCCAGUGUCGGAAGCAAAAAACAAAAAUACAAAAAAUUGACACACACUUAAACUCACAGAAGCAUAACUAGACCCUGAACCUCAUAACUGAGUUGGAAAGGAAAAACAUACUAGAAAAUCCUGAUAAAGACUUUGGCCAGGGAUAUUAUUGGUGGGAGAAAAGGGGGACAGGGUCCAGAGACUUUCACAUGA